AAAAGUGUGUUGAAAGAGGACCUCAAGGGCCCUGAAGUGUGCAAAGACCCCGUGUUACUCACCACCCACUCCAUGGGGACCAACAUCUACAAGGAAGGGCCCGAGGUGGCGCUGAAGCCUGACUGGGAGUAUCCCGAAUGUUAGUAGAAGCUGGAGAAGGAAGAAGGUGGGCUUUCUGGGGAGGAGCAGCAGAAGCCACUGCUGGUGGCAGGAACAGCUCUCUCUCUCCAGGUCCAAGAACCUGCCUCCUGCCAGCCUCCUCAUGGAGAAACCCGGGUGCAACUCCCCGCACAGCAGCAAAGAAAUCCAGCCUCUCCAUUACCUGAGCAGAGAUGAAGCAGGCGCCAUUGAGAGAGAGCUCCUGGAGGAAUUCCGGUUUGGACCCCAGCAGCUGAUUGAAAUCUGGGGUCACUCGUGCGCCAUGGCCGUUACCAAGGUUUUCCCUCUGAGAUCUCUGCCAAAGAAGCAGCCGACGCUGCUGGUGAUUUGUGGCUGUGAACAGAAUGGGGCCAUUGGUCUGGCAUGCGCCCGGCAUCUGCGUGUGUUUGAAUACGAACCAACAAUCUUCUACCCAAAGAGGUCCCCAAAUCCCCUCUAUCGCGACUUCACCACACAAUGUGAGAAAAUGGAUAUUCCUUUCCUCUCCUAUCUGCCGGCAGAGGUCCAGCUCAUCAGUGAUGCCUACAACCUAGUGAUUGACGCAAUGCUAGGCGUGGAAUCGAACCUCGGUGAUCUGGCGGAGACUUACGUCAGCAUCCUGUCUACCCUCAAGCAAAUCCGGAUCCCGCUUGUCAGCCUUGACAUCCCCUCUGGAUGGGAUGUGGAGACUGGCACCAGUGAUGGUAUUAGCCCAGAUGUCCUCGUCUCAUUGGCUGCCCCUAAGCAAUGUGCCACACGCUUCAUGGGGAAGCACCAUUUGGUCGCUGGCCGCUUUCUUCCUUAUGACGUGCAGAAGAAAUUCGAACUCAAUUUGCCAGAGUACCCUGGCACGGAAUGUGUGGUUGCUCUUUAAGGGUCUGGAGAUGUCGGUGGCACGUCAAGUGAGCCUUCCGGGUUUUUCUGGCCACCAAAAGAACCCCUUGCUUGCAUAUCUGGAAUGGUGACACAGAGAGAACUCCCCCAGUAUUAUUUACAAUCUCACUUUCUAGAAUUUGGUAUAUCUGACAGCUGGGUGAUUGUUAAAAUCUUGCUUUAUAUGUUGUAUGCAAAGAUACCUGGUUCAUCAUAAUCUGCCCCACUUCCCCUUCAAGAGGCCUUUGGUUUUAAAAUAAAUUAUGAGAUUCAUCUAUAAAUGCAUUUCAAAAUAACUUUUAUGAUUCCCAUUAAAAUGUCCACCAAUAUUUUAUAUUUUGCAGAAA